AACCUGUCCACAUGUAGGCGCCGUCCUGGGAAAUAUUGCAAUGAAGAUGAACAAGGACAUGAGAAAGGUGAAGGUGACUUGUCCAGGAACAACACACAAGUGCAAGUCCGUGAAAGUGAAGAAAACGGCCGAGAAAGUUUGAAGAAGAAACAACAUCCUCUGCCAUGUCUUCCACGUCUGCCGGAAUUUUCUUUUGCGAAUGAUGCAAGUUCUGAUACCGACUGCGAGAGUCAUGCAAGGGUCCCAAGUAACACGCAGCCUGAUGAACCAACAAGUUCUUCCACAGCGACGCAUUUUCCCUCCUUUCAAACUCCAAUCAAGAGGUCUAUCACUUCAAAUUACACUAAUCCAAGAGUGCCGAACAAAACAACAAUUCGACCUAGUCCAAGUAUGAUGAGGGAUGCUGGAAAUGUAACACUUCCAAUUGACCCCCUUGAAAGAGAUCGCAUACUAUUCUCAACCUUGCUAACAAUCAAGGCCAUGGUAAGAAACAAUAGCAUUGCCAUCCAAAGACUGUCGGAGCAGGCCGACAAGAACCGAAGUCAAGGGGAGGUGGAAGAAUCAAUCGACAACUUUGGCUUCCCCUUCCAAACCAUGGAUCAGGUCCGACAGGUUGAAAACAUUUUGGAGGACAAAACAAAGUUCAAACUUCUGGUGAGGAAAAAGCACAUUUUCAAAGAACACAAAUGA